ACUCCUGGGCUUUCAGACACAGAGACCAGCAGGACUCCAGUCACUUAUCCACGGCACCUCUACCCCACUCUCCAGGAUUUCAUUUUAUUCAACUUCGCUCAUUGCUGCACGGCAAACCCAAGAAUCACAGCCUCCAGACUUCGCACAGCUCGGACAGCCUCAGAGUUGGUCCAAGGAUGUCAAUGAAGUAUGAAGACCUCCAGUCCUUGGAGAAUGAGAAGAAAAGCCAGGGUUUUAGAAAUGGGCUGCCUCCUCCCUCAGCCUUCCUGCAGCAUCUCUGCUCUGGACCCUUCCCCCUUCUGAUCUCUCUGGGCCUCAUCUUUCUCCUGAUGAUUGGUAUCUGCGUGAUUGGGUCCAAAAAUGCCAAUAUGCGGAGGGACCUGGAGACCCUGAGAGCAUCUUUCAGCAACUUCACUUCCAACACGGUGGCUGAGGUCCAGGCACUGCACUCCCAGGGUGGCAGUUUGCAAGCAACAAUAACAUCUCUGAAAGCUGUGGUGGAAAACCAGGAGCAGCAACUGCAAGCAGCCCGUAGCUUGAAUGACAAGGUGUUUUCUCUGGAGAGCAAGCUGGAGAAAGAGCAGCAGGAACUCCAAGCAGGUUAUUUUGGAAUGUUCCUGGGAUUCCAGCACCUGGUCAGCAGCCUGAACUCCCUGCAUUGUCAGAUGGCUGCGCUCAAGAGCAAUGACUCUCAAAAUGCCUGCUGCCCCAUUGGCUGGCUGGAGUAUGAAGGCAGCUGCUACUGGUUCUCUGGUACUGGGAAGCCCUGGCCCGAGGCUGAGAAGUACUGCCAGCUGGAGAACGCCCACCUGGUCGUCAUCAACUCCAGAGAGGAGCAGAUUUUUGUCCAGGCGCACAUAGGCUCCUCAUACACCUGGAUGGGCCUCAGUGAUUCUGAAGGAGCCUGGAAAUGGGUGGAUGGAACAGACUAUGCGACCAACUUCAAGAACUGGAAGCCAGGACAGCCAGACGACUGGCAGGGGCACGGGCUAGGUGGAGGUGAGGACUGUGCCCACUUCCACCCGGAUGGCAAAUGGAAUGACGACGUCUGCCAGAGGCUCUACCGCUGGAUCUGUGAGGCCAGCAUUAGCAAGUCCAGAUAGGAGUGUCUUAGAGCUGCUUCCUGUGGACCAUUGAGCCAUGGAAAUGGCAGGGAUGGGGGAGGGAUUCUUCCCCAGACACCCCUAGUAAGCUCUCUGUGGGAGAGAAAUAAGCUCUGGGAGACUGGAGCAUUGCCAUCAUUUUGAAUUUUUUUCUCCUUAACUUUCAAAGAUUAUAUAGAGUUCCUAAGGUGCUUUUAAAAAUUAAAUUUCAGCUUUAUUGAGGUAUAAUUGACAUAUAAAACUUUAAGUUACUUAAAGUAUACAUAGUUGUGAUUAUAUAUAUAUAUAUAUAUAUAUAUAUAUAUAUAUCUAUAUAUAUAUAUAUAGUAAAGACCCCAUCUAGUUAAUGAACACAUCUAUAAUCUCACAUAUUUAUCUUUUUUGUGCGAAUACUUAAGUUCUAUUUUCUUAGCAAAUUUCACUUAUACUAUACAGUGUUAUCAACUAUAGUCACCAUGUUUUACAUUAGAUCCUCAGACCUAUUCAUUUUAUAACUGAAAGUUUGUACCCUUUUUACCAACCUUUCCAUAUUUUAUACCCCCACCACCCAGGCAACCACUUUUCUACUAUUUCUUACUGUGAAUUUGAUAUUUUCAGAUUCCACAUAUAAGUGAUGCCAUGCAGUAUCUGUCUUUCUUGAUCUGGCUUAUUUCACUUGGUAUAAUGCCCUCAAAGUCCAUUUGUGUUGUGGCAAAUGGCAGGAUUUCUUUCUACUCGUGAAUUAAUAAUGUUUCAUUGCUCAUAUAUACCACAUCUUAUCUAUCUAUUCAUCCAUUGAUGAACACUUAGGUUGUUCCCAUAUCUAGGCUAUUGUUAAUAAUGCUGCAAUGAACAUGGGAUGCAGAUAUACCAUUUUCAUUUCACUUGCAUAUAUUCCCAGAAGUGGGAUUGUUGGAUCAUAUGGUAGUUCUAUUUUUAAUUUUUGCAGAAAGCUCCAUAUUGUUUUCCAUAGUGGUUGCACUAAUUUACAUUCCCACCUGUAGUAUAUAAGAGUUCCCUUUCGCUUUGCCAACCCAGAUUUGUAACCUUAAAAAUAAACUUUAUUGAGAUACAAUUCUUACACAGUAAAAUGAACUCAUUGAAAGAGUAGAGAUGACUUUUGACAAAUAUAAAUACCUAGGUAACUACCACUCCAACAAGGUGUAGAAAAUUUCCUUCACCCCAAAAAUCUCCCAGAAUUUCAUAUAAAUGAAACCACACAGUAUAUACUCUUUUGUGAAACCUUAUGCAUUUCACACGGACUAAUUUUUAGUAACCAUAAAAUAACAGAAUGAAGAAGCUAGGUGAGACCUUGGAAAGUCCUAUGUGAUAGUGAAAAGAGCAUUUUCUUUCCUAUAGAUUGAGUUCCAUUAUUUUCUGUCACUUAAAAGCUGUUUAAACUUAGGGUGAUAAGGAAAGAUGACUCUUUAACUUUUUUGAAUAUCCCAAAGUUGUUAAGAGAAGCAGAUAACACCCCCAGUUGUAUUGGUUAGCUAUUGUUAACAAUCUACCCCAAUUAGCGGCUUAAAACAAUAAACAUCUGUUAUAGCCCAUGA